AUACUAAGAUGGGGAAUGCAUGAGGUGAGGAACAUUUCAGCUUGAAUAUUAUACAAUGCGUCUGUAAUCACUGUGAAUUGGCAUGAAGACAAAUGGUGACGAUUUCAUUUCAAUUAUUUUGACACGUUUGUUUAUGUGAAUUCAAACUGAAGUUUGACUUCCGAAGCCGCGAUUUCAAAUUCUUCGUCGUGCACCCCUGACUAGAUGUGCCAAUUCUCAUUCAAGGUGCAUAAUGACCCAAGCAGCUCAGCGCGCCGGUUGCUCAGCACAGUCCUAAAUAAAAACCUCGCAAGGUUGAUGAGUUAUAAGGGGACUGCUGAUAAGAUUGGUAUCCGUGACUUCACGUUUUUCCAGCUUAUAAUUGAUGUCAUCACUCGUAAGCAAUUACAACUCGGGUCCACCGAGGAGGAAACAAUGGAAGCGAUUGUGAAAGCCACUAAAAAUUGGUGCCAUGACCAGCGUGUUCGGAAGAAAAGGGAUUUAUCACCAGAAGAGAUGUCUGCUGAAGUCAUUCAACCUGGGACCAGCAAAUCGCCGUCUUCAGAACAAUUUAUGAAGUCAUUUUAAAUUUUUUCAAAAUAUUACUUUUUUAUAAAUCCGAUAUCUUACUGUAUAAAAUAUAAAAUUGCUUCACUCUAUUGGCCUUCGUUUAUAUCAGUAGCAUAACCCUUGAAUGUAGUGGAAGAAUCAUGCAACUUAAGUUGCAUGAAGCUAUCACCUCUUCAGAACAUUGUACAAUGUAAACGCUUGCAUUCUUGACAUUCGAGUGUCACGGAUCCGUGAGAAGUCCUUAGAUCUUGAC